UCGUGCGGGACGGACGUGUGGUAAUUUUGCUGCGUCUAAAUGCACAUUUUCAUGCGGAAAGCGUUUGUCACCAGUUUUCAAAAGCCCCAGUAUAGGGUCCUAAAUACAUUCCUUAACUAUAUGAAUCGUCAACACAGUACUCAGAUUUGCAAACAGCCAGAAAUCAUGACAAAAAAUUAUGAGGAAGCUGUGCGGGCCCUCAACACCCUUCAGUCGAAUGCCUUCACCUUGGAGAAGGCAAGGAAGGAGAGGGAUAGAUUGAGGCAUCUCAAUAUUCCAGACACCAUACGCUACUGCCAGAGGACGGGACUAAGUCUUGAUGAUGUAGAUAAGCUCUCCAUCAUCCAUGUGAGUGGUACCAAAGGUAAAGGGUCAACAUGUGCUUUGACUGAAAGUAUCCUUAGACACCAUGGCUUCAAGACAGGAUUCUUCAGUUCUCCACAUCUGCUUGAAGUGCGUGAGAGGAUACGUCUUAACGGACGCCCACUUUCAAGAGACUCUUUCAGUUCAUAUUUCUGGGACUGUUACAAGAAACUUGAAGACACAAAAGCAGACGAUGACAAUAAAAUGCCUGCUUAUUUCCGGUUCUUGACUAUCAUGGCAUUCCAUGUGUUUCUUCAGGAACAAGUGGAUGUUGUCAUCUUGGAAGUGGGUAUUGGAGGAGAGUUUGACUGUACGAAUGUGAUCAGGUCACCUGUGGUCUGUGGUAUUACAUCUCUCGGGCUGGAUCACACCAGUGUACUGGGUGAUACAAUUGCAAAAAUUGCCUGGCAAAAAGCUGGGAUUUUAAAGCCUGGUUUCCCUGCCUUGACUGUCCCACAACCUGAAGAUGGAUUAGAAAUCAUUGCUGAACGGGCGAAAGAAAAGCAGUGUCCUCUCCAUGUUGUGCCACACCUAUUUCAAUACAACUGGCAAGGCAAUACGCCACGACUCGGACUUGUUGGUGACAUGCAGCAAUGGAAUGCGUCGCUAGCUUUACAGUUGUCUCAGUGCUGGAUGGAAAAUCAUGAUAAGACAAUUGAACAGCGACGCCACCUUGCUGUGCGAGAUUGUGACUUCUCUGCUGAGGAUGUGCCGAUCUGUGAUGCAGUUGACAUUACAGACUCUGUUGCUGCAGGACUAGAGAACUGCCGGUGGGCAGGGCGGAACCAGACUUUGCGUACUGACAGGAUAACGUACUAUCUCGAUGGAGCCCACACGUCGAGGAGCAUUCAGCAGUGUGUCAACUGGUUCUUGGAUAAAGCCUGGGAAGAGAGGAAAGAGCUGAAGGGGAAGGUGACCAAAAUUCUCCUUUUCAACACAACUGGUGACAGACAACCUGACGUUCUUUUGGAGCCUCUCCUGAAAUGUAACUUUGAUGGUGCUGUAUUUUGUCCCAACAUUGCCACGACUGCACAAGAUCAUGCAGGCUCGAGUGCGGCCUCUUCCUCAGACACAUAUCAAAUGAACCUGAUGACUACCAAAGACAAUCAGCAACUACGGUGCUUGAAGAACAAAAAUGCCUGGGUGGCUCUCUUGGGUGAUUCCAUCCAACCACAUCCUCAUGAUGCCAAACAGGACAAAAGCGAUGUGGACCUAACCUUAGACUGCGUUGAUGGAAUGGAUAUAAAAGAGACAAUGCCAUCUGUUGGUGGUAAUUCAGAACUAAAACAUGACACAUCCUGCGUUGAGGUGUUUCCAAGCCUGAGUGACUCGCUUCACUGGAUCAUGCAAGGUGUUGUUUCUAAAGAAACUGAUUCACAACAAUUUCUUCCGUUUGUUCCGCCAAGUCUGAAUGAUGCUGACCACAUACAGGUCCUGGUGACUGGUAGCUUACAUUUGAUUGGCUGUGCUUUGAAACUACUCGAUCCGAAAAUGAACGAUCGAGAUCCUUGAUCUACGUAAACUUUUCAUAACAUUGGGACCACUGGCUUAGAGAAGGCCAUGUUACAUAAUGAACACUGCUCAAUUGUAAUAAAGCAUUGAUUAUGAGGGUCUGUGUCAGCGUUAUAAAUCAACAAUUACGUACCGUUUUCCGAGGUUUUACUGUACUACAGUAAAUACAACAUUAGUUAAAAAUC